AAGUAUUUAAUAGGAUGGUAUUUAUGUAACCAUCAAGCGUAUUCCUUUCUUGCUUCCAAUUGAAUUCAUUAAUUCAACCUGCUUUAUAAGUCAAUCCAUUUGAAUAUAUAAUUGGAGUAGGUUUCUGCUUCUCUUAGAGCAUCUCCAAUUAUGGUUUUAGUGCAAAGGAUUUCUCUCAACGCAUUGGGUUCUUUCUCAAUAGCACUUAAGUAAACACAAGCUCAAACUUUCAGGCCACAAAUAAACAGAUUUUUGGCCUAAAGACCCUUAAUUGGAGUAUUAUUUGCCCUGGGAAGGAUGAGAGCUUUGGGGUUGAGAAGGUCUUUGUAUCUUCUCACAGCUUUCUUGAUCGUGCUGCUAUGGUUCUUUCAGUAUUGCUACCCUGGACAUGUUGAAAGGGGUUACAUUAAGCAACGCUCACAAGAACAUGAAUUGAUUCAAGUGCUGAGGAGAGCGAGCAUGCCAGACAGAACAGUGAUCCUAACCAUGGUAGAUGAAUCAAGGGCAAGUCCUGGAUCCUUGCUUGAAGUUUUACUACAAAGUUUCAAAUCUGGGGAAGGGACGCAAAGAUUUUUGAAUCACUUGGUGAUCAUAACCAUGGACCCCCAAGCUUUUAAGUACUGCAGAACCUUGCAUCCCCACUGCAUUCACCCCUCCACCUUUGAAGCUUAUUUUUCCCCCAUGAGACAAUCCACCACAAAACCAUAUCAGAAUGCAUUCAGUUGGAGAAGAAACAAUGUUUUGUUAGAAGUGCUUGAUUUGGGCUACAACAUAAUUUUCACGGAUGUUGAUGUAUUGUGGCUAAGAAGUCCAUUGUCAAACUUCAAUCCUGCGUAUGAACUCUCAAUUUCAUGCACAUUAUCCAGUGAAGGACAAAGGGAAGGUUACCCGCGAGGUGGGGGAAUUUUCUUCUUGAAAGCAAAUGCCAUAGCCAUAGAAUUCUUCAAGUACUGGAAAUUUAUCAAGGUUCUGUAUCCAAACUCUGACGUGGAAGAAUCAUUGUGUAGAACUAUAAUAGAGAGUCAGGAUGUAACCAACGUUCUCGGCUUCCGUGUUCAGCCUGUAAAUACAACUUAUUUUGGUGGAUUUUGUCAGUUAAAUCAGGAUAUGUUGAGGGAUGCUUAUACUAUCCAUGCUAACUGUUGUGAUGAUCUGACAAGCAAAGUUCAUGACCUGAGGAUUGUUCUAGAUGACUGGAUCCGCUUCAGAAAACGCGUAUCAGGGGAUAAUGCUUCAGAUGAAAUGGCUUUGAGGUGGCCACAGAAAUGCCCGAGAUGAAAAUAGAAAUAGGAAAAGAACCACAUCCAGUUGUCAAGUGUUCAGAAAUAAUUAGCACUAAGAAAAGUACCAUGUAGCUGACAUCUUCAAAGAUUGGUGAAAUGUGAAACAUCUGAGUUGGUAGUUGGUACAUUAUAGUGGGCAAGCAAGGGAAAAGAAAUGUAUUACAUGUUUUAUACAUUUAAAAGUAUUGUUUAGUUUUGAAACAA